UUCCCUGAUGCCUGAUAUUUGAUGGAGCGCAUUAGUUUGCUACGUGUAUGUAUCGGCAGCACAUCUCAUAUCGUAGUCGUAAAAAUCAAAAUAAAUAUAUAUGUAUUAAAUAAGCGGCGGGCACGCAGAUAUGCAGAUGCAAAGCGCUGAGAUUCCAUCGUGGCCCGUGACAGCCUGUCCCUUCUUCUCACUUCUUCCUUAGUUUGCUCCUCCAAAACAUCACACUACACACAUUCGCCUACACACAUUCGCUACUCUCUCUCUCUCUGUCUCUGUUAUUUCUCUUCUCCAUUUGUCUGGGAAGAUCAAGUCGAAACAUCUCGGUUCUGAUGGCGUCUAUCGUGGAGUCUGGUUGGAGGUAUCUCAUAACCCAUUUUAGUGACUUUCAACUGGCAUGUCUCGGAAGCUUCUUUAUUCAUGAGAGUAUCUUCUUUUUGUCGGGACUUCCAUUCAUAUUUUUGGAAAGGGCAGGAUGGCUGAGCAAGUACAAAAUUCAGACUAAAAACAACACAGCUGCUGCUCAAGAGAAAUGUAUCACUCGGCUAUUGCUUUAUCAUGUUUGUGUCAAUCUACCAGUUAUGAUCGUGUCAUAUCCUGUCUUCAGAUUCAUGGGCAUGCGAAGUACUCUCCCAUUGCCGUCCUGGAAAGUAGUCUCAACUCAGAUUUUAUUCUACUUUGUCCUGGAGGAUUUCGUGUUCUACUGGGGACACAGGAUUUUACAUACAAAAUGGCUUUAUAAGCAUGUCCACAGUGUCCAUCACGAAUAUGCAACACCAUUUGGAUUGACCUCUGAAUAUGCCCACCCUGCUGAGAUUUUAUUUCUUGGAUUCGCUACAAUAGUUGGCCCUGCCAUCACUGGGCCCCAUCUGAUAACGCUGUGGUUGUGGAUGGUUCUUAGAGUCCUUGAAACUGUUGAGGCACAUUGUGGAUAUCAUUUCCCCUGGAGUCUCUCAAACUUCUUGCCUUUAUAUGGGGGUGCUGAUUUUCAUGAUUAUCAUCAUCGCCUGCUGUACACAAAAAGUGGCAACUAUUCAUCAACUUUUGUUUACAUGGACUGGAUAUUUGGCACUGAUAAGGGUUAUAGAAAAUUGAAGGCCCUGAAGAGUGACGGAGACGAGGUGGCUCUGAAAGAAAUGUAGAAGUAAGAAGGAGAGCAGCGUUGGCUGCUUGUUAACAGAAUAGGUUCAUGAUGUUGGAUCAUCAUUUUGAAUGGUCUAAUAUGGUUCCUCAGCACUUGUGUGCAAUUGCAUUUAGUGUCCAAUUGCUGUUGUGAUCAACAUUUUGUGUUGUGUGGAACUAGUUCAUGUCUUGUUGUGGAUUUUUUGUCCUGCAUGAAUGCAUUUCCACCUUUAUUCACUUUAUCUUGCUGUCAUUACUCAGACCGAAUACCUUAGCUGAAGUUCCAAUAAUUGAUAUAUGUAGUCACCUGCCAUGAUAUUCAAUUCUUGAAGGGAAAUCAGAGUAAAUACUUCCAA